AACACAAACAGCUCUAGACCUUUUAGCCAAAGUCUGUCUACGAAGUUUGCUAAUUGCUGUCUUACUUCUUUGCAAAUAUGACUUUGCCCGUAUCAGAAAAGGCACAAACUUCAAUGGACCCCGAAAGUCUUAAGGUUUCACGGCCAUCUUGGCGAAAACUGGACAUUUUUCUGCUAGCUUCGGUUGUGCUUAUUUUUACCAGCAUUGCCGGUCUCUCGGCUGGGAUGUUUUACUCUUUAUGGAAAGUUCCUAAGUCAUGUAUUGAACCUCCAUCUUCAGCUCAGAGCAGUGCCCAUCUAGAAGCCGUCAAUUUUGAAAUAAAGGAUGGCAUAAUGGAGUGGCAUGACGAUGCAAGAAAGGGAUUCAACAUCCUUGGGAGUGAUUUUAAAUAUAACACAACCUCUAAACAACUGCAUGUGUUGAAGGAUGGUGUAUAUUAUGUCUACGCUCAGCUGUCUGUUCAUCGCGUUCUGGAACAUGAUGCCAUUCACACACCUGUCAUUAUGACUGUAUGUCGAGAGGGCUCACAGAGGCAAUGUAAUAAAUUUCUGGUUAUCAAACUACCAGCCAGUGCCACACAAGGCCAAGACCUUUUGUCAAAGUUCACAGCUGCAGUGAUUCAUCUAUCUGCUGGAGACAAACUUUUUGUCGAAUUGUCUGGUCCUUCUACAAUAGCUUGGCAGUUGUCUCAAGAAGGUACAAAUUUCUUUGGGCUUUUUCGUGUCGAUAAGAAUCCUCAUAUUGAUACUAAAUGUUAAGAGUCCUGCGUGCAUCAUAAAUAAACAUUUAUAAAUAGCUUGGACAGUGUUCUCAAAAUGCAAACUUUGCACUGUAACUCAGGUCCAUCUUUCUCAUGUUUACAAAAUAUUCUGGACACAUAAAGCCAAUCUGCAAAGAGCAGAAGCUAGUACCAACAAUGGAAAACCCAACUGGCUGGCACUUUUUUUAGAAUUAUUAACCGCAAACACUACUAUCAUGGUAAUUUGUUCUCAUAUUUAUUAUGAUGUUUUCAUGUAAAUAUGUAAGUAUAUUUAAGAUCUGAAAGUUUAAUGUCUGAAUUUUGGUGUUGUAGAAAUUACUUUGAAGUCACUAAACUACUUCGUACUGCUGUGACACAUGUCUGCUUUACCUGGUUAUACCUUAUAGACCCCCCCCCAUGUAACAGCAUGGUUUGUAACACAGAACUUAUUCUAGUCAGGGCGUUCAGCUUAAAACAAAAGCUAGGAUAGAUUCAGAAAUAUGUUUGAUGAUGGAGAUGUGUUCUUUGACAUAAAUGUCAUCCUCACUGUUCUGAGGUGCUAUAACAUUAUCAAGUUAAGUAAAGAUGAUUUAAUGAUUUCUAAGCCCUAUGAGAGAACUGUAUUGUAUUGGUUGCAAUCUGGUAUGCAUAUCUCACCAGAUCAUAUAUUCAUAGCUCUGUGUGAAGGACUUAAUGUGCCUAAUAUUUCUGUUGUA